UUCCCUUUUUUUUCCUUCCAAUUUACGUUCUCUUUUAUGAUAAUAAAAAGAAAUCCACUUAUUGCUAAUUAAUUUCUCAAAAGUUUUGUUCAAAAAGAAUGGAAUCGUUGCAUCAUUUUAUAAAAUAACGGUGGCAAUCGAAAGGACACCUGACCUGCCAAAGUAAUGAGAAGGUUACAACUUACAACAAUGACUAUACCAAUACUGUAGUCCCAAAAGUAAAUUCUCCAAACUUGAAUUUAAGCCUAGCACAAAGAAUAUACAUAUAUCCAGCCCAAAAGAAUUUAUUUGAACUUAGGAUUUGCAAACAAUAUCAGUGUAUGAUUUGAAAGUUAAUUAAGAGUUCAAUCUUUCAAGAAAAGAGAACAAGAAGCUUUCAUAGAAGUGCAAUUCUGAAGAUAAUAAUAUAUUUGAAUGGCAGGUUUAAAUAGAGGAAGCACAAUAAUCCAGCAAAAUCUGAAGAUAACACAGUUAGGGAAAAGGGGACAAAUAGAUGAAGCCGUCAAACUGUUCAACAGAAUCACACACCCUAAUACUGUCACCUACAAUUCUAUGAUUUCUGCUUAUGCCAAGAAUGGUAGAAUCAUCAAUGCACGCAAACUGUUCGACAAAAUGCACUUCAAAAAUUUAAUCUCUUGGAAUACAAUGAUCAAUGGGUAUUUGUUUAAUUGUCAAGUUGAUAAAGCAUGUGAACUGUUCGAUAAAAUGCCUCAAAGAGACCAUUUUACUUAUGCAUUAAUGAUAACUUGUUAUGCGCACAGUGGGGAGCUUGAAAAGGCUAGAGAUGUGUUUGAGUCGCUUCCUGAUAAAAGUAAUAUAGCUUGCUGGAAUGCAAUGAUUACAGGGUAUGCAAAAGCUGGAAGGUUAGAUGAUGCGAGGAAAAUGUUUGAUGGCAUGCCAGCAAAGAAUUUGGUUUCAUGGAAUUCAAUGCUUUCGGGAUAUACCCAGAACGGGGAGAUGCAAUUUGGAUUGAAAUUUUUUGAGGAUAUGGAAGUGAAGGACGUCAUUUCUUGGAAUUUAUUAUUGGGUGGGUUUAUUGAGGUUGGGGAUUUGGAUUCUGCUAAAGAGGUUUUUGCUAAGAUUCCUAGUCCAAAUGCUGUUUCAUGGGUGACAAUGCUGAGUGGAUUGGCAAGAUAUGGGAUGAUAUUGGAGGCUGAAAUGAUUUUUGACCAAAUGCCAGAGAAAAAUGAGGUUGCUUGGAAUGCCAUGUUAGCUGCAUAUGUCCAGAAUGGCAAAAUUGACAUGGCUGCUUCAUUAUUUAAUAGAAUGUCUCAGAGAAGUGCCGUGGCUUAUACAACCAUGAUUGAUGGUUAUUGUCGUGCUGGAAAGCUCAAAGAAGCAAGGGAUUUGUUGGAUCAAAUGCCAUACAAAAAUGUUGGUGCACGAACAGCGAUGAUUUCAGGGUACAUCCAAAACAAUAGGGUGGAUGAAGCUCGUCGGGUAUUUGAUCGAACUGCUACUCGUGAUGUUGUUUGUUGGAAUACAAUGAUUGCAGGCUAUGCUCAAUGUGGACGGAUUGAUGAAGCUUUUGAUCUGUUUGAAAAGAUGGAACCAAAGAGCAUAGUUGUUUGGAAUACAAUGAUAGCAGGUUAUGCUCAAGUGGGACGAAUGGAAAAAGCACUUGAGAUCUUUGAGAAUUUGGGAGAAAGAAAUGUAAUUUCUUGGAAUUCUCUAAUUUCAGGUUAUACCCAAAAUGGUUUUUAUGUAGAUGCACUUAAAUAUUUUAGCAUGAUGACACGUGAUGGCAAGAAACCCGAUCAUUCUACGUUUGCUUCAGCAUUAAGUUCCUGUUCCAAUCUUGCAGCUGAGCAUAUCGGUAAGCAACUUCACCAAGCGACUAUAAAAACCGGUUAUGUGAAAAAUUUAGCAGUUUGUAACGCUUUAAUCAUUACGUAUGCAAAGUGUGGAAAGAUCUUUGAUGCAGAAAAGAUGUUUGAGGAUGUUGACAAUGCUGAUGUCAUAUCCUGGAAUUCCUUGCUUGCCGGGUAUGCUUUAAAUGGAUACGGGAAGGAGGCUGUCAAACUUUUUCAAGAGAUGGAAGAUAAAGAAAUUGUUCCUGAUGAAGUCACAUUUGUUAGUGUUUUAUCUGCGUGUAAGCAUGCUGGCUUGAGUGAUACUGGUGCAAAUUUGUUUGAGCACAUGACCAGAAGGUAUUCUAUCACUCCUUCGCCUGAGCAUUAUGCUUGCAUGGUUGACUUACUUGGGAGAGCAGGGAGGUUAGAAGAAGCUAUCCUUUUUAUAAAGGAAAUGAAAACAAAUGUCACUGCAGAAAUGUGGGGUGCCCUAUUUGGGGCUUGUCACAUGCAUAACAAUAUAAAGAUUGCUGGAUGUGCUAUUGAAAAGCUUCUUGAUCUUGAACCUCAUACAUCUACUAAUCUGGUUCUCUUAUCAAACAUGUAUGCUGAACUAGGAAGAUGGGGUGAUGUGGAGAGAGUUAGGGAAACAAUAAAAAAGAGUGGAGCAGGCAGAUUACCAGGAUGCAGCUGGGUUGAGGAUAGGAAUCAGUUGCUUGUUUUUCUUUGUGGUGAUGAUACUUCACAGAAGGCAGUGGAGAACUUUAACGUGUUAUUCACUUUAACUGCACAGAUGAUGGAUAUGGGCCAUCUGCCUUCCAUGACAUCAUUUUGUCUUGACUAAUUGAGCCAUAAGCAUGUAUUUUUAAGUGCCAAACAUGCAUUCACAAAUCACUUCUGGUUUAAGGCUGCAAGGUGGCCUUGCCUGACUCUAUGGCAGAUAGGAAAAUCACCUCCAAUGUCUGGAAAAUCCUUUGCAUCUGCAACAGAAUGCAUACAGAGCUGGAAUGGAAUUCUGUAAGAUGUAACCAGGAGAGUGAAGCGAAAACUUGCUUAUGAGGUAACUGCUAUUGUCUGGAUAUACGGUUAGUGCAGAUCUUUGCAGUGAUUAUAUGUUAAAGCAGCUGAUAACCAUGAAAGGUACAUUGGUAUUGACAGCUACUGGUGUGUACUGUCCAAGCUGCAGAUAAUGCCCGGGUGAAGUUGCAAGGGAAGUUUCUUGAAAUGUGUAAAUGAUGGAACAUUGUUGAAAUGUGUUUGAUUUCUAUUAAACAUCUGAAUGAGCUUGUUGGGCAUUUUCAGCAUGUGCAGCCAUGGAGGGAACAAAUGCAAUAGUCAUUGGUGAACUUAGUAGCCUUUCUGCACAAGAACUUAUCGAUUGUGAUUUCAUACAAUAAUGGCUGUGAAGGUGGACUCAUG